CCAAACCGAAGAUGCUCCGAAUAAGUUCUACAACGCUCUCCCUCCCUCAAUUCUCGAUACCAGCCCACCUCCAAGCCCUCCGCGCCGCAACCGCCCUGGGGAACGGCACCGUACCCACAUCCUUCACCCGCAGCAUGGCGAAAAAGUCAAAAAAGGGCGCUCCCACUGACAUUCGAGUUAGAUUAAUCCGCUACUCCCUUUACCAUCCCAGAACUCCCCGCCCGCUUCGAUUUGGCACAAUGCGCAUGCUCCGGCACUGGACGAUCCAUCGCGCGUGGAAACUGUUUCAGGCCGCGCAGCGGAAGGAGCGGGAGCACGAGCUUGAGAGGCAGUACAAUAAGAUGAGAGAUGCCUGCGAGGAAUUGAGGCUUACGAGUCAGGGGCUUUACGAGAGAGCGGUUGCCAAGUCGACUUUUAGGUAUCCGAUUGUGGAGUUUAGGAUCCCGACGGAUACGCCGGCGAAGGGUGGAUGGAAUCACGAGUGGAAGAGGGGGUGAGUGGGGCGAUUGUGGUGAGGAGGGGAGGAGGGAAGGGGUGUAUAUAUAUAGAGAGAGAUGGAGGCGUGAAUAGAUUCAGAAGGUUUGGAUGAUAGUUGAGGAUUAUGCUAAGGAAUAUGGGUUGCUUUGCGAGGAUGUUGCUGCCGUAGGUGGUGGGGCAGUUUUUCUUGAGAAUGCGCAACCGUUUGUAGCUUUUUUGCCGAAUGUAUCUUUUCGACAACUCG